AUGGCUGACCUUAUUUCCAUUCACACGUACGGUCAUUCGAAUUUUCUGUCGACCUCUAGCAUGAUGUCUCGACCAAGCAACCACAAGCGGUCUCAAUCCGCCGACAAACGGUCCUUGUCCCCUGCGCGCUUCAUCACCAAGAUGAAGUCAACAAAUGCCCUCUCAGACAUGAAGAACGCACGGAGACUAUCGCCCGCCGGCUUGGAAGACGUAUCAGAGAGUAAUUUCAACACACUGAGGGAUCCACGAAUGGCUAGCACUUCGGAUUUGUCCCUGACAGUCGACUCAACCCAUCAUCCUGAUCUCAACAGUGAAGUGGCCACCCUCAGCGCAAAACUUGUUCAAGCCAUCAACAACCAAACCCUUCUCGAUGAUUCUCUAUCUGAUGCUCGGCAGGAAUUAGAGGCAGCUCAGGAUCGGUUGUUAAUUGUGGAGUCUGAAAACCAACAGUUCCGAACGGAUUUAUCGAGUGGGAUUUUGGUUAGGCGAAGUGACGUCGAAUCUGAAAUUCUUGCUAUGAAGAAUUCUCUGGAAGAGGAGCGUGAGAGGCGCACUAUUGCAGAGAAGGAAAAGAAGGAAAUGGACCAAGAACUAGAAAAUCUGACUGCAGCGCUCUUCGAAGAAGCCAACAAGAUGGUUGCGGCGGCGAAACAAGAACGAGAAGCUAUAGAGAAAAAGAAUGAGCAACUGCGCGCUCAAAUCAAGGACACCGAAGCCUUGGUCGCCUCCCAGAAGGAGCAGCUUGCCGAGCUAAAGGAGGUAAUGCAAGAGAUGAAUAGUGUUCGAGGUGACACCGACACUACACCCAACACUUCAACGGCUCCCUCCUCCCCAGCCGUGGCGAUGCAAGCGAAUCUCAGUCGGUUGCUAGAUACCUCAAAUAUCUCCCCUGUGUCUGCCGCUGCUGUCGAUAUUUCUCCUGCGCCGUCUACCAGCUUCUGCCAUUUGCUUAAGCCAAUUUACCGCACAGAUAUGAUAGCUUAUGAUGAUUUUCGUGACCUCCUGCUCCUGGCUAAGGCAUCGAAACCGCCUAGCCGAGUUGCAAGUGGCUCAUAUGGUGGAUUGAAUGUAAUGGGUCUUGCUGGACUGACUGGAGGCGGUAACGCGAAUAUAUCGACGGUAGCUUUGAAUUCUGGAAACAACCGGGCUCAAACACCCAACGGGAGCCCUCAACCCAGUGUUUCUCAUACACCACUGAAAGAUACUCGUUUCUACAAACGAGUUCUCACCGAAGAUCUCGAACCGUCCUUGCGUUUAGAUGCCGCCCCUUCGAUUUCGUGGCUCACUCGUCGAUCGGUGUUUAGUAGUAUAUGUGAUGGUGGUCUUAUUGUGGAACCCAUGCCUGCAAGCUCGAGAAAGUUCAAAUUCUCGUGCUCGUUGUGUGGAGAGCGUCGGCAGAGUAAUGAAAACGAACGAACGCACCGAUUCCGCACUUCUGAAAGUGAAACCGCUCCCCGUUAUGCCCUUUGCAUACUUUGUCUUGAAAAGGUACGCGCUUGCUGUGAACUUACAGGCUACCUUCGCAUGAUUCUCGACGGGCACGUUCAUGUUGCGGACGAUGAGGAAGAAAAGGAAGCAUGGGAAGAGACAAUCCGUCUGCGUGAGCGACUCUUUUGGUCGCGCCUUGGGGGUGGUGUUGUACCGUCGUUCAUUUCGACCGACGAGCCCGAGAAAGUACUGCCAGUUCCUGUUGCAGCAUCAAACCCCACAGACUCAGAAACAGACACAAUAGCUCAACCGUCUGUGUCUGUAGGUACCGCCACCGACCACGAAGUCCCCCGUUCUUUGCCACCAAAGGACGACGUAGUCGAAGAGGACCCCUUCAAGUCGGAUGUCAAGCGAGUGUCGAUUGGCGGAACCAUCAUUUCCACCGACGUGGAGAACCAAGACGCUGCCUUGAAGGAAGGAGACUCUUGCUGCGAUGAGGUGGAAGAUCUGUCGCGCGUUGCUUCGGACCCGCCACAUUCCAAUACAACUGCUGAGCACGAGACAAUGACUCAACCAGACCAAUCAAAACCCACAAGCGAGAAGUCCACCUCCAUACCAGGAGCUUUUGAUCAAUGGUAG